GGUUCUUGACAGUACACAAACUGAGGAUAAUUCAGUUUCUGUACAAGUUGUGAAGGAUUGUCUCAUGAGUCUGUUCCCCAUAUUUGAGAUCAGAGGAUGGACAAAGCAAAGAAGGAUCUGAAAAGUGCUUUGGGAAGGAGCCCCUAUCCCCUUCAUCCCAAUAGCCAGAUAUCAGACUCCAUUUCAGGACCCAGCUCGAGCCCAGGAGAGAGUCCCACCAGAACAACAAAUAAGAAAUACCCAGUGAUGAAAGAACGAGGGUUUUACUCUGAUGUCCUUGCACCAGGUGCUGCAGAUCUCUUGGAAGAUGUGUGUGCUGGUCCCAGUGUAUACAGGGACUUACUGAAACAGUCAGAACUUGAGGCUCACACGCCGAAAGUCACAACAUUUGAUACUCCUGACAACAUUGGGGCUCUCUUGGAUAGCCAACGGAUUGGACUGACUACAGAAAUUAUCAAAGAGUCAGACUUUCCACUGCAAGCAUAUAAGCCUAAAGUACAGAUUCCCUUUGAGGUGCUUCCAGGACAAUGCCCUCGGAAGAUUGAGAUUGAGAGGAGAAGACGAUUAUAUCUCAGCCUAGAUAUCUCUCAGCUUUUGAAAAAUGAAGGAGUAGAUUCCAAUGAUUUGAUGCCAAGGCACCAGGACCCUGCCAAUAUGCCAACUAUUGAGCAGAAUAACGAUCCUCUUUUCCCAGUCUAUCUCCCACUAGAGAUUUUUGAUGAUGAAGAAUAUGAUUGCCGAACUCCAGAAGAGUGGCUCUUGUUGGGGGUGGAGCCUGGGUCUGAAGAUCGGAAACCAAUUCCAGGAAAAGCACUCCUACCAACAGAUGACGUACUGGGGCAUGAGGAUCCCAAAAGUCGUAAGUUGAUCUAUAAGUGGAUUGAUGUUGGUGUCUUGGAUUAUGAUGAGAAGACGAAAUUCUAUUUGGUACAUAAGACGAACCACAUGGGUCUAGUCCGGGAUGACAAAGGAAGAUGUAUACUCAAUGGAGGAGUGACUGAAGAAGGGAGAACCCCACUGAUGCCAUGUCAGUAUUGGGUGCCUCGUGUCCGUUUGCUUUUUCUUGCUGAGGAUCCUCGUGUUUUUGCCCAGCGAGUAAUUUCUGCCAAUAACUUGAGAAAGAAAACACAGGCACUAUUGUUGUAUAAUCUGUAUGUGGACUGUAUGCCUGUGGAUGGAAUGCAAAACAUUGAAGACAAGAGUCUGCAACGGAUGAAGCAGAUGGCAAUGGACACCUCACGACUGAGAAAAGGGAGUCACGUUUUAGGUCGGCUGCAUCUCCUGGGAAAGGAAGCAUCUCUAGACUUUGAGCGCACCAUGAACAAGAUUAAUUUUGACAAAAUUGUCAGUUCUAAACCUCAGACCUUCUUUUAUGUCACUCUGCCUGAGAAGGAGGACGAAAAGGUGCCACAGAAAGGUCUCAUUGAAAUUCCAGAAUACCCAUAUAAUGAGCAAAGAGAAGCUUUCAUCUUUGUCUCCCUUUUGACACGGCCAGAAGUUAUCAUGGCAUUGUGCCAGGUCCGGGAUGAGUGCAAUAAAACAGCAGCAAUGUCACUUUUCCAUUCAACUCUGACUAAAUAUGGCCGACUGGAGGAGUUUGAACAAAUCCAAACCCAGACCUUUUCUCAGAUUUCGAUGUUUCUCAAGGAUACUUGGAUCAAUACUUUAAAGAUAGCUGUGAAAAGCAGCCUCAGAGAUAUAGGCAAAGGCUGGUACAAUUUAUACGAGACCAAAUGGGAAGUGUACCAGAUGUCUAAACUUCAUCAGUUGAUGGAGCUUAUCAAGUUUAUGCUGCAGGACUCUGUGCGUUACCUUGUCCAGGAUUCAUUGGUAAACUUCACCCAACUCUUUGUGGAUGCCUGCUACAGUGUCCUAAAUUGCUCUGAAGAUAUGGAUUGGGGAAGUGACCUUGUUAACAGUCCAUACAAGCCACGAAAAAAUCCCCUCUUUAUAAUUGAUCUGGUUCUCGACAGUCAGGGUGUCCAUUUUAGCACCCCUUUGGAGAACUUUGAGACAUCUCUUGUAUCUCUGUUUAAUAAAGGGAUAUUGGCCACCCACACCAUACCACAGCUGGAAAAAUAUGUGCUUGAAAAUAUAUUUAUCUGUGGCACACCAUUGUUGGAGUCUGUGGGUCUGAAUGAGCCAGCAGUGGUUGAAUUGCGCAAUACUAUCUGCACAUGUAUCCGCAAAGCACUGAUCCCCCUCCAGGCUUAUGCCAAGAACUAUGAAAAGUACUUAGAACUGAGUAACCGAGAUAUCCACAACCUCCUAAAACAAUAUGAGGUCCAAUGUCCCCCUGCUCAAGAAGUGAGAGAGAUAGUAAACAUGCAUUUAGCAGAAAAGGAGGUGCUUGAUAACAGUUUGCCUGGCAGCAUUGUCAUCGGUCCCUUUCACCUCAGUGUCGAAGGUGUAAGGCAAAACCUCUCUAAGAAAUGUAAAGCUUUGGCCACUUCUAUGCUGGAUAUACUGGCUAAGAAUUUACACCAACAAGUGGAAGAUAUCUGUGAAGCUUUCAAAGCCAUCAGCCGAAAAAUUUAUGAAAAACCAAACAGCAUCGAGGAGUUGGCUGAGCUGCGGGAGUGGAUGAAAGGGAUCCCUGAGAAGCUGAAAGUGCAGGAGGAACUGAUAAGUAAAGUCAUGGAAGACUAUGAAAUCAUGGAGGAAUUCCUCUACAAUUUGACUCAAGAUGACUUCAAUGACAAGUGGGCUGCAAGCAACUGGCCUUGGAAGCUCAGCACACAAAUGGACCUGAUAAGGCAACAGCAUGUUGAAGAUGAAGAGAGAUUCCGCAAAAUUCAAUUCAUGGAUCAGAACAAUUUCUUGGAACGUCUGGAUGGCCUUCAGCUUGCUGUGGCUGGGUUUUCUGCACAUGCAGAUAUUAGCCGUGCUCAUGAGAUAGCCAAUGAAGCAAGAAGAAUCAGGAAGCAGUUGAAGGAAUCCCAGCAAAUGGCACUACUCUACAACAACAGGGAACGUAUUUUCGGUUUGCCAGUGACUAAUUACGAUAAAUUGUCCAGGAUGGUUAAGGAUUUUCAGCCCUUCUAUGAUCUCUGGACUACAGCAUCAGACUGGCUUCGCUGGGCCGACAGCUGGAUGAAUGAUCCUCUCUCUGCUAUUGACGCAGAGCAGCUGGAGAAGAAUGUAAACGAGUCCUUUAAGACAAUGCAUAAGUGUGUGAAACAGUUCAAGGAUAUUCCAGCAUGCCAGGAUGUGGCAGUGGAAAUCCGUGGCAAGAUUGAGGAAUUCAAACCAUAUAUACCCCUGAUUCAAGGGCUGCGCAAUCCUGGUAUGCGCAACCGUCACUGGGAGAUGCUUUCUGAGGAGAUCAAAAUCAAUGUGAAGCCCAAGGCCAAUCUGACAUUUGCACGCUGUCUGGAUAUGAAGCUUCAGGAUCACAUUGAGAUCAUAGCCAAAAUAGCUGAGAUUGCAGGAAAGGAGUAUUCAAUUGAGCAUGCCUUGGAUAAGAUGGAGCAUGAAUGGGAAUCCAUUCUGUUCAAUGUCGUUCCCUACAAAGAAACAGGAACAUUUAUUCUGAAGAGCCCUGAUGAAGCUUCUCAGCUUCUGGAUGAUCACAUAGUUAUGACCCAAAGCAUGUCCUUCUCACCAUUCAAAAAGCCGUUUGAAGAGCGGAUCAACACAUGGGAAAAUAAAUUGAAGAUGACUCAGGAUGUGUUGGAAGAAUGGCUGACUUGUCAGCGCUCCUGGCUUUAUCUGGAGCCCAUUUUCAGCUCUGAAGACAUCAACCGACAAUUGCCAGUGGAAAGCAAACGCUACCAAACUAUGGAAAGGAUGUGGAGAAAGAUCAUGCAGAAUGCUGAUGAGAACAGAGAGGUAAUUAAUGUAUGUCCUGAUCCCAGACUUUUGGAAAAGCUACGGGAAUGUAAUAAACUGCUGGAUCUGGUACAGAAAGGCCUAAGUGAAUAUUUGGAAACCAAGAGAGGAGCUUUUCCAAGGUUUUACUUCCUGUCCGAUGACGAACUGUUAGAAAUACUUUCUCAGACAAAGGACCCCACAGCUGUACAGCCUCAUCUUCGCAAGUGUUUUGAGAAUAUUGCCCGGCUACUCUUUCAGGAAGAUCUCAAAAUUACACACAUGUAUUCUGCAGAAGGGGAAGAAGUGAAGCUUUUUGUUUCUAUUUAUCCCACGGGCAAUGUGGAAGACUGGCUGCUAGAAGUUGAGAAGAUUAUGAAGGCUAGUGUGCGGGACAACAUUGAAAGAGCAAUCAGAGUUUAUCCCAGUACUCCACGGACUACAUGGGUCUUAGAUUGGCCAGGACAAGUGACUAUUGCUGGAUGCCAAACAUAUUGGACAAAAGAAGUAUCAGAGGCCCUAGAAGCUGGAGAUUUAUCCACCAGACUUUUUCCACAGCUAAGUUCUCAGCUCAGUGACCUAGUAGCACUUGUAAGAGGAAAACUGUCUCGGAUGCAGCGGGCAAUAUUAUCUGCUCUCAUUGUGAUUGAAGUUCAUGCCAAAGAUGUGGCAGCUAAACUUAUUGAGGAGAAUGUCCAAAGUGAGAAUGAUUUUGAAUGGAUUUCCCAGCUCAGAUACUACUGGACAAGAAAUGAUUUGUAUAUCCGUGCAGUGAAUGCUGAAUUUAUCUAUGGCUAUGAAUACUUGGGCAACAGUGGGCGCCUGGUGAUCACUCCACUUACUGACAGGUGUUACCUGACACUCACAGGAGCAUUGCACUUGAAAUUUGGAGGUGCCCCUGCAGGACCAGCUGGAACCGGCAAAACAGAGACAACUAAGGAUCUUGGAAAAGCUUUAGCCAUCCAGACUGUUGUGUUUAAUUGCUCUGAUCAGCUGGAUUUCAUGGCAAUGGGGAAAUUCUUCAAAGGGCUAGCCAGCUCUGGAGCCUGGGCUUGCUUUGAUGAGUUCAACCGCAUUGACAUUGAAGUGUUGUCUGUAGUUGCCCAGCAGAUCACAACAAUUCAGAAGGCUCAGCAGCAGAGGGUGGAUCGCUUCAUGUUUGAAGGAGCUGAGAUUCCACUGGUUCCAUCUUGUGCAGUGUUCAUCACAAUGAACCCUGGCUAUGCUGGCCGCACAGAAUUGCCGGAUAACUUAAAGGCUCUCUUUCGUCCUGUUGCAAUGAUGGUUCCAGAUUACUCUAUGAUUGCUGAGAUUUCUCUGUAUUCCUUUGGGUUCAAUGAAGCUAAAGUUCUGGCAAAAAAGAUUACUACCACAUUCAAACUAUCUUCUGAGCAACUCAGUUCCCAGGAUCACUAUGACUUUGGAAUGAGGGCUGUGAAGACUGUGAUUUCAGCUGCUGGCAAUCUUAAAAGAGAAAAUCCGGACAUGGAUGAGGAGCUAAUUUGCCUAAGGGCCAUUAAGGAUGUCAAUGUUCCUAAGUUCCUACAAGAUGAUCUCAAGCUUUUCAGUGGUAUAAUUUCUGAUCUGUUUCCUAUGAUCAAAGAAGAGCCUAUUGAUUAUGGCAUCUUAGAGGAGGCAAUUCACAAGUGCUGUCUCAAAGACAAUUUGAAAGAUGUUGAUGGUUUUGUGAUGAAGUGUAUCCAGCUGUACGAAACUACUGUGGUACGGCACGGACUCAUGCUAGUGGGACCCACAGGCUCAGGAAAAACGAAGUGUUACAAAGUUUUGGCAGCUGCAAUGACAUCUUUGAAAGGUCGGCCUUCAGUCAGUGGUGGAAACUAUGAAGCUGUCAAUUACUAUAUACUGAAUCCUAAAUCUAUUACAAUGGGCCAGCUGUAUGGAGAGUUUGACUUGUUAACUCAUGAAUGGACAGAUGGGAUCCUUCCAGCUCUCAUCCGGGUGGGAGCUGUAGCCACUGAUAACAAAAAGAAAUGGUACAUGUUUGAUGGCCCAGUUGAUGCUGUUUGGAUUGAAAAUAUGAACACUGUGCUGGACGACAACAAGAAGCUGUGCCUUAGCUCUGGUGAAAUCAUUAAACUCACUGAGGCAAUGACCAUGAUGUUUGAAGUGCAGGAUUUAGCGGUUGCCUCUCCUGCCACUGUUUCCCGGUGUGGCAUGGUAUACCUGGAGCCCAGUAUUUUGGGACUACAACCCUUCACUGAAUGCUGGCUGAAGAAGGUUCCAGAUGUUAUAAAGCCGUUUACACAGAAGCUGGAGUCCCUUUUCAGCAGAUUCGUAGAGGAAUCCAUCAGAUUUGUCCGGACUGCACUAAAGGAAGUAAUUGCCUCCACAGAUUCUAACCUAACUGGAAGUCUUCUUAAAUUAUUAGAUUGUUUCUUUCAACCAUUCAUUCCUGUUGAGGGAAUGAAAAAAAUCCCACCAGAGAAGACAGCUCGUAUUGGGGAACUGAUUGAGCCAUGGUUCAUAUUCGCUUUGAUAUGGAGUAUUGGUGCGACUGGGGACGCUCAAAGCCGUAUGUACUUCAACAAAUGGUUAAGAAUAAAGAUGGAUGAGGAGAAGGUUGAAUUACUUUUCCCAGAAGAAGGGUUGGUCUAUGACUAUAAACUGGAUGAUGCUGGAAUUAGCAGUGUGGAGGAAGAUGAAGAUGAAGAUGUGGUUAAGAUGGUUUGCUGGGUGAACUGGAUGGAUUCUUCUACAGAGUUUACCAUGCUGCCUGAUACCAGUGUUUGCGACAUUAUUGUUCCCACCAUAAAUACCGUCCAGAUGGCACACCUGCUGGAAAUGUUGCUCACCAACCACAAACCAGUCCUUUGUGUUGGCCCCACAGGGACUGGGAAGACACUCACCAUUGCAGACAAGCUUCUGAAGAACCUACCACUAGAAUAUAUCAGCCACUUCCUGAUGUUUUCUGCUCGAACCUCAGCCAACCAAACCCAAGAUCUCAUUGACAGCAAACUGGAUAAAAGGCGCAAGGGAGUUUUUGGUCCACCCCUUGGCAGGUACUUCAUCUUUUUCAUUGAUGACCUGAAUAUGCCAGCCUUGGAGACCUAUGGUGCUCAGCCACCCAUUGAGCUUCUUCGACAAUGGAUGGAUCACCACGGCUGGUACGAUAGGAAACAAAUCGGUACUUUUAAGAAGUUGGUAGAUAUUAAUUUUGUUGGUGCCAUGGGUCCACCUGGUGGAGGAAGAAAUGCCGUCACCCCACGUCUUACCCGCCACUUCAACUACCUCUCAUUCACUGAGAUGGAGGACAGCAGCAAGAAGAUGAUCUUCUCCACUAUUCUAGGCAGUUGGAUGGCUGGAAAACUAGGAGAGAUAUGCUACAGAGAUCCAGUCCCUGGAUGUCCUGAGAUGGAAGACCUAAAUGAACCUCUCGUUGGUGCUACCAUACAAGUGUAUUCAACCAUUACUUCUCAACUGUUGCCCACUCCAGCAAAAUCCCAUUAUACGUUUAAUCUCAGGGACCUAUCCAAGGUUUUCCAGGGGAUGCUCAUGGCAGAACCUUCCAAAAUUGAGGAUAAACUGCAGCUGCUGAGACUAUGGUAUCAUGAGAGCUGUCGGGUGUUUCGUGACCGCCUGGUUAAUGAUGAGGACAGAAAUUGGUUUGAUGAUCUUAUGAAGGACAUGAUGUUGGAAUGGGGAACUACCUUUGAUGAAGUUGUUCCCUUUCAGCCCCUUCUCUAUGGGGAUUUCAUGGUGCCUGGUGCUGAUGUGAAGCUUUAUGAAGUGAUUGAUGACAAAGAAAAGCUUAUGAAUGUAAUUGAAGAGUACAUGGAGGAGUACAAUCAAAUCAAUACCACAAAGAUGAAGCUAGUGCUGUUCAUGGAUGCUCUGCAGCACAUUUGCCGCAUCACCCGAAUUCUACGCCAGGCAUUGGGCAAUGCUCUUCUCUUGGGUGUCGGUGGCAGUGGAAGGCAAUCUCUCACCAAGCUAGCAUCCCAUAUAGCUGAUUAUGAAUGUUUCCAAAUUGAACUUUCCAAGAACUAUGGAAUGGCUGAGUGGAGAGAAGACAUCAAAAAGAUCAUGCUGAAGGCUGGUCUGCAAAGUUUGCCCAUCACAUUUCUGUUCACUGAUACACAGAUUAAAAGUGAAUCCUUUCUUGAGGAUAUCAACAACCUGCUCAAUUCAGGAGAUAUACCCAACCUUUAUGGCCUAGAUGAACAGGACCAAAUCAUGACCACCAUGAAGCCUAUUGUUCAGGACCAAGGGCUUCAGCCCACCAAGGCUAACCUGAUGGCUGCAUAUACCGGGAGAGUACGCAGUAAUAUCCACACAGUUCUGUGCAUGAGUCCCAUUGGAGAGGUUUUCCGAGCAAGACUCAGACAGUUCCCGUCUCUAGUGAACUGCUGUACCAUUGAUUGGUUUAAUGAGUGGCCAGCGGAAGCCCUAGAGUCUGUCGCUACUUCCUUCUUUCAUGAGGUCCCAGACACUGAAGCCACUCCUGAAGUUAUACAGGGGAUGAUUGAGAUGUGUGUAGAAAUUCAUCAGAGUGUGGCCGCUAAGUGCAAGGCAUAUCUGGCAGAACUAGGAAGGCAUAAUUAUGUCACUCCUAAAAGUUACUUGGAGCUGCUUGGCAUUUUCACUGCUUUGAUAGGCACAAAGAAGCAGGAGCUCAAAGUUGCCAAGAAUAGGAUGAAGAGCGGAUUGGAUAAGCUUUUGCGAACAGCAGAUGAUGUCGGGAAAAUGCAGGAAGAGCUAGAAUUAGCGCGCCCCCUGCUGGCCGAGGCUGCCAAAGACACCUUAGUGACCAUGGAACAAAUACAGGUGGACACAGCUGUAGCAGAAGAGACAAGAAAUGCUGUGCAGGCAGAGGAAAUGAAAGCUAAAGUGAAAGCUCAAACAGCUCAGGCAAUUGCAGAUGAUGCCCAAAAGGACUUGGCAGAAGCCCUCCCGGCCUUGGACGCUGCCCUUGCAAGCUUACGGAACCUCAACAAGAAUGAUGUCACGGAGGUGCGAGCCAUGCAACGUCCUCCACUUGGAGUAAAAAUGGUGAUUGAAGCUGUCUGCAUUAUGAAGGGAGUGAAGCCCAAGAAAAUAGCAGGAGAUAAACCAGGUUCUAAGAUAGAUGACUAUUGGGAGCCGGGCAAAGGUCUUCUUCAGGACCCAGGGAAGUUUCUUGAAAGCCUAUUUAAAUAUGAUAAGGAUAACAUUGCAGAUACCAUCAUUAAAUUAAUCCAGCCAUAUAUCGACAGUGAAGAAUUUCAGCCAGCAGCCAUAGCCAAAGUGUCCAAAGCCUGCACGUCCAUCUGCCAGUGGGUCAGGGCAAUGCAUAAAUACCACUUCGUGGCAAAAGCAGUGGAGCCGAAGCGACAAGCCCUGAGAGAGGCUGAAGAAGACCUGCAGGCCACACAGAGGAUCCUUGACGAGGCUAAGGAACGUCUCCGAGAAGUGGAGGAGGGCAUUGCCCAUCUUCAGGCCAAAUACAGGGGCACCUUAGCCACAAAAGAGGAGCUGGAAAUGAAAUGUGAACAGUGUGAGCAGAGACUGGGUCGGGCUGACAAGUUAAUUAAUGGUCUGGCUGAUGAAAGGGUGCGGUGGCAGGAGACUGUUCAAAAUCUGGACUACCUGAUCAACAAUAUUGCAGGAGAUGUGCUGACCUCAGCUGGCUUCAUAGCAUACCUUGGCCCUUUUACGGGACAUUAUCGCAUAUCACUUUGCGAGGAAUGGGUCAGUCGGCUAGAAGCACACAAUGUUCCACACACUAAGGAACCAAGUCUGAUUGCAACCUUAGGCGACCCUGUGAAAAUCCGAUCAUGGCAGAUCGCUGGUCUGCCCAAUGAUACCUUGUCUGUGGAGAACGGAAUGAUAACUCAGUUUUCUCAGCGCUGGACUCUUUUCAUAGACCCUCAAGGACAAGCCAACAAAUGGAUUAAAAACUUGGAAAAAGAUACCGGGUUAGAUACUUCUAAACUAAGCGACCGGGAUUUCUUGCGCAGCUUGGAAAAUGCUAUUCGUUUCGGAAAGCCAUUUCUCCUGGAAAAUGUUGGAGAAGAAUUAGACCCUGCUCUUGAACCUGUCUUGCUGAAACAGACUUACAAACAGCAAGGAAGUACAGUAUUAAAGCUGGGAGACACAGUGAUUCCAUAUCACGAUGACUUCAAAUUGUACAUCACCACCAACCUACCUAAUCCUCACUAUACACCGGAGAUAUCCACCAAGUUGACACUAAUUAAUUUCACCCUAUCGCCCAGUGGCUUAGAGGACCAGUUGCUAGGUCAAGUUGUGGCUGAAGAGCGGCCUGACUUAGAAGAGGCUAAGAAUCAGUUGAUCAUCAGUAAUGCCAAGAUGCAACAGGAACUGAAGGAAAUAGAAGAUCAGAUCCUGUAUCGCUUGAGCUCCUCCGAGGGGAACCCUGUUGAUGAUUUGGAGCUUAUCAAAGUAUUGGAGGCAUCCAAGCUAAAAGCAGGGGAAAUUCAGGCCAAAGUAAAGAUAGCUGAGCAGACCGAGAAGGAUAUUGAUAUCACCCGAUUGGAGUAUGUGCCUGUGGCUGUCCGCACCCAGAUCCUUUUCUUCUGUGUCUCAGACCUAGCUAAUGUUGACCCCAUGUACCAGUAUUCAUUGGAAUGGUUCCUCAACAUAUUUCUGGCUGGAAUUGCAAACUCAGAGAGAGCAGACACACUAAAGAAACGGAUAGCAAAUAUCAAUAAAUACCUCACCUUCAGCCUCUAUAGCAAUGUGUGCCGCAGCCUCUUUGAGAAGCACAAGCUCAUGUUUGCAUUUCUGGUCUGCAUCCGGAUCAUGAUGAAUGAAGGCAAAGUAGACAUGGAUGAAUGGCGAUACCUUAUUUCUGGUGGUGCUGUUAAGAUCAUGCGUGAUAAUCCAGCUCCUGAAUGGCUGUAUGAAAGAGCAUGGAAUGAUAUCCUGGCCUUAUCCAACCUGAACAAUUUUUCCAGAUUCUCAGAUGAUUUUGUGGGAAAUUUGCCCUCUUUCCGAGCAAUCUUUGAUAGUGCCGAACCUCACAGGGAACCUCUGCCUGGCAUUUGGAACAAGAAAUUGGAUUCCUUCCAGAAGUUGUUGGUCCUGCGCUGUCUGCGUGGAGACAAAGUCACUAACGCAAUGCAGGAUUUUGUGGCUGCCAACCUGGGGCAGAGCUUUAUUGAACCACAGACUGCAAAUCUCUCCGUGGUGUUUAAGGAGUCUGCUGCUACCACUCCCUUGAUAUUCGUCCUUUCUCCGGGCACAGACCCAGCUGCUGAUCUCUACAAAUUUGCUGAAGAAAUGAAGUUUUCCAAAAAACUUUCUGCUAUUUCUCUUGGCCAAGGACAAGGUCCUCGUGCAGAAGCCAUGAUGCGCAGCGCUAUGGAGCGUGGGAAAUGGGUCUUCUUCCAGAAUUGCCACCUGGCUCCUAGCUGGAUGCCUUCUUUGGAGAGGCUUAUUGAAGGCAUCAAUCCUGAUAAGGUCCACCGAGACUUCCGACUUUGGCUCACUAGUUUGCCCAGUAACAAGUUUCCAGUGUCCAUCCUCCAGAACGGGUCCAAGAUUACCAUUGAGCCCCCUCGAGGAGUAAAGGCUAAUCUGCUGAAGUCAUACACUAGCCUGAGCAAUGACUUCUUGCUCUCUUGCAGCAAGGAAACUGAGUUCAAGUCCUUGCUUUUCUCCCUGUGCCUCUUCCAUGCAAAUGCCCUGGAAAGGAGGAAGUUUGGGCCACUGGGUUUCAACAUACCUUACGAGUUCACGGAUGGAGACCUGCGCAUCUGCAUCAGCCAGCUGAAGAUGUUCCUGGAUGAAUAUGAAGACAUCCCCUACAAAGUGCUAAAGUACACUGCUGGUGAGAUUAAUUAUGGAGGCCGGGUGACAGAUGACUGGGACAGACGCUGCAUCAUGAAUAUCUUAGAAGAUUUCUACAAACCAGAUGUUCUCGUUCCAGAGUAUUGUUACUCAGAGUCUGGGAUCUACAAGCAGAUUAGUACCACUUAUGACCUCAACGGAUACAUCCAGUACAUCAAGACCCUUCCCCUCAAUGAUAUGCCUGAGAUAUUUGGAUUGCAUGACAAUGCAAACAUCACUUUUGCUCAGAAUGAGACCUUUGCUCUGCUUGGGGCCAUUAUUCAACUUCAGCCAAAGACGUCAGCUGCAGGAGGCCGGAGCAGGGAAGAGAUCGUGGAGGAGACCUCAAAAGACAUCUUGGAUAAGGUGCCUCAGCCUAUUGAUCUGCAUGAAGUAAUGCUGAAAUAUCCUGUGCUAUAUGAGGAAUCAAUGAACACUGUUCUGGCACAAGAAGUGAUCAGAUACAAUCGCCUGUUGAAAGUGAUUGCACAAAGUUUGAAAGAUCUGUUGAAAGCUCUUAAAGGCCUGGUGGUGAUGUCAUCCCAGCUGGAACUGAUGUCCAACAGCUUAUACAACAACAUUGUGCCGGAGAUGUGGAACAGUAAGGCAUACCCGUCCCUGAAGCCGUUGGCCUCCUGGGUGAAUGAUCUGCUGCUGCGUAUCGAGUUCUUGCAGAAGUGGAUUGCUAACGGGAUCCCACCUGUGUUCUGGAUAAGUGGGUUCUUCUUCCCCCAGGCCUUUUUAACAGGGACGCUACAGAAUUUUGCCAGAAAGUCUGUCAUUUCUAUAGACACCAUUUCUUUUGACUUUAAGGUAAUAAGGCAGUCUGUUCAUGAACUGACUCAACGCCCGUCUCAGGGAUGUUACAUCCACGGCCUAUUCCUGGAAGGGGCUCGUUGGGAUCCCCUUUUCUUUCAGCUCACAGAGUCACGGCCUAAGGAACUGUACACAGAGAUGGCCGUCCUCUGGUUAGUUCCCGUGCCCCAACGCAAGCCUCCAACCACAGGCAUCUAUCUCUGCCCCAUCUACAAGACGCUGACUCGUGCAGGGACGCUGUCAACAACUGGUCAUUCUACUAACUAUGUGAUUGCUGUAGAAAUCCCCACCACUAAGCCCCAGAGGCACUGGAUUAAACGGGGUGUUGCCUUGAUCUGCGCCUUGGACUUUUAAGCACUGAAAGCAGUGCUUGAGCAGUUUGACAUUUCUGAGGAGAAUGGAAUUGUUCUGCAGUUUUACAACCUGUUUGAUAAAGCCUCAUCUGAAGAAGCAGACCGCUGAAUGGGAUGGUACUUAAACAAAAUAUUGCAAGAGAAAUUUAAGCCUCCCUUCUUCUAACUGUAAACCUUACAUAGCAGUUUAAUAAAAUUAAAUCAACCUUUAGUUUCA